AGUUUCAGGAUCAUGAUUUUUUCUCGCCUUUUCAACAUAUCUAGGGAUCGCUGCGCAACAUACCCUUUCGUUGCUCCUCCUACAGCCAAAGUGCAGGAUCAAUCUGAGGACGGAAAUCAUCAGGAGCAGGCCUCAAGACCUCCGCGCACAGAGAUCGUCUCCUUGUUCGCCAUCACAGUCCUCUGCGCCAAGAGGCUUCCACUCAACCCGAACAGGAAGUGCGCCCCUGUUGUCCACAUGCUCUUCACCAUGCCGGGGUACAGAUCUCAGCACGCAAAGACGCAGAAGCGGCAGACCAACUGGCCGAUCUGGCAGGAGCAGUUCAUUUUCUCGGUAGACCCUUCUGCAAAGAUCUCAGAGGGGAUGGUUCACAUCCUGCUUGAGGACUCUUCCCAGCACAAGAAGCUCGGGGAGUUCUGGGUCUCUUUGGAGAGCAUCAUGCAGGAUGGCAGCUCGACCCGCAAGUUCAGUUUGGGCUCGGACGACAGCAUGUCAGAGCCCUCGAUCUCAGUCGCGUUUGACACCCUGACGGAGAAGAAGUCAAAGUCGCACAUGGUGUCUCAUAGAAAGAAUGUGUACUCCGUCCUUCCCGCGACGCUCUCGAGCUCUGACGAAGAAAAGAGGCAUCUCGGUGCUGGACUCUUCACCCUCCUGCAGAUCGCGCAGAGCUCGGCGGAGGACUAGAGUGUUGCUAGAUGUCGAUGAUGAACCUCUCAUGUACAGUAAAGGGAUCAGAUAAGAA